GACUGUGUGGCAGACAGCUAUGUGGUGCAGGCCUGUGAUCAUCAGCCGCUGCGGUCGCGGGCCGCCCAAUUGGAUGUCUUCCUUAAUUUAUAUUGUCAUUGGAUAUUUUUUCACCACAACACAGAGCUUACAACUUUCAUCUCUUCAUAACCUCUUCACAGAAUCAGAAAAAUUCAUACUUUUAGGAUCAAAUAAUACAGAUUUUUCUCAUCUAGAAAUCAUCGAAUCACCAACUAUUAGAAUACAUCCAAAGAACAAAUCAUCUCAUUCAAAACAUAGCAAUAAAUUACAGAUUCAUCUGAAUUCUCUGGGAGAGAAAUUGCUUCUAGACUUGUGGAAGAAUCCAUCCAUUAGUUACGUUCUCAACAAAACUGCUCCCAAAGAAAGAAAAAACUGUUUUUAUCAUGGAAAAUCACUCAAUCAUCUGGAUAGUACAGCAGCAAUAUCCAUCUGUGAUGGCAUUAGAGGCUACGUCCAGACUCCCGACACAACCUUCACAAUCCAUCCAUUACCAGAUCAUAUUGUACAGCGACUACCAGAAAACAAAUAUAAAAAACCCCACAUUAUUGUCAGAAGAGAAAUCUCGCCAGAUACUUUUUGUCCCCAUGCUCUUCGUAAACACAAACAAAUUCCUUUAAAGAACUACACAGUGGAGGAUGAAAGUUUAAAACUGGAGACAUUGCCCGAUGAUCAUGAUUUUUACCCAUCCAUAGAAAAUAAUGAGCAAUUUCCAAAUGACACCAGAUCGAGGGAGAAGAGAGCCAUAGAUUCCAAGUCCCCAGCAGUGAUCGAAACAGCAGUUUUCAUCGAUCAAGCCUUGUACGAUCAGAUGAGGAGGACUUUUCCAACAGACACAGAUCGGCAAUUAACAACUUUUGUCUUAACCAUGAUGAAUGCUGUAAGAUAUUUUAUAUUAUAUUUAGAAAUUAUUGAGCUUAAUCCAUCCGAUAAUAUUGAUACAUACUUAACGAAUUUCUGUAUCUGGCAACACAACAAACGUCACUAUGGUCGGGGAAAAUCAGCUAGAUGGGACCACGCCCUAUUGUUAUCUGGAAUCAACAUGUAUGUUGUAGAUGAAAGCGGACGAAGAAAAAGACACGUUGUUGGAUUAGCUCCUGUAAGCGGAAUGUGCAAUCCAUUGAACAGCUGUACAAUAAGUGAAGGUACAAGUUUCCAAACCGUUCUUGUAGCUGCUCAUGAAAUGGGACACAGCUUGGGGAUGGAGCAUGAUGGCCAUCAAGAUGGAAACCACUGUGAUUCAGACACUUAUGUUAUGUCACCUACCUUGGGAGCUGGAAAAACAACAUGGUCUUCCUGCAGUCGUCAAUAUUUAGACAAAUUUCUGAGAUCUCAGCAAGCGAGCUGCCUUCUUGCGCCUAGUCCAUAUACAACAGAUCUAUUGGAACCUCCCCCAGACAAGUUACCAGGACAAGUGUAUGAUGCUGAUUACCAGUGUUCUCUUCGUUACGGUGACGGUAGUCGACGAUCUAAUCUUCAAACAGCGGAGGAAAUAUGCAGAAUGUUGAGAUGUGACACAGGAUAUGGAAGCAAAGGUGUAUCAUUCGCUGCCCAUCCUGCUCUAGAGGGAACAAGUUGUGGUAGAGAUAAAGUGUGUCAAGGUGGCAUGUGUGUACACAUUCAGAGAUCUCCUGGUACAUUGAGAAGUGGCGUGAUUGAUGGGGGAUGGAGUGCUUGGUCCUCCUAUAGUCCGUGCACAUCAGAUUGCGUAGCCAGAGGAUCUGCACCUGCUGUUGGAAUAAUGGUAUCCACUAGAAGAUGUGACAAUCCACGGCCUCAAAAUGGCGGCAGAUUUUGUGUUGGUAAAGACAGACGAGUGCUUACUUGUGAUGCAACAAGAAUAUGUGCUUUAUCGACCAGAAAACUUAUGCUGGAUGAAUUCAUUAGUGACACUUGUCGUCAAGCGUCAACCAGAGACAACACUUUGGAAAUCACAGGAACUCAAUUCCCCAGUCAAGAAAAUUCACACUCCUGUUACGUCUGGUGUCACAAACGAGGAGGAGGUUAUAUGACUCAAGGAUGGACAAUACCUGAUGGCACUCCUUGUUGGAGAGGUUAUAAUAAUCAAAAUAUGUAUUGCGUGAAAGGCGAAUGUCAGCCUUUCGAUUGUAACGGCUACAGCACGGACAGCGCUAACGACUUGAGAUGCUCUUCAACUGUAUCAGGUGCCUCUGCUUUAUCCCCGGGUCCUCAACCAUCUCUAUCUGAAUCUGGUUGGGGCCCAUGGCACAAAGUAAGCCAGUGUAGACCUUCUUGUAUGGCUAAAGGAAAAGGAUUCCAAUUGGUGUCUAGAGAAUGCAAUUCAGUUACUGGUUGUCCUGGUCAACGAGACACUUUCCAGCUAUGUGACGCUCCCUUAACGACAUGUGGUACACCUAAAUCUGUAGAUCAGUAUGCCAAUGAAGUAUGUCAAAGAUACCGAGUAAAAUAUCCAACUGUACUCAGCGGGAAAGGAAGACAACUACCACCACAACCCGGUAAUCCCCAUUCCGCCUGCAUUGUUGCAUGCCAAGAUAGAGUGUGGCAAGAUACUCAUUACCAAAUGGAUGUUUAUGAGGACGGGAAAUUUCCUUUCGGAACCGAUUGCAGUCCUGAUCACCGGACAAGGGGCUACUGCUUAAAUGGCCGCUGUUUGCAUUUCAAUGAUGAUGGCAUUCCGGCAUCGACAGAAAACACUCCAAUGUAUGAUAUUCGAAGAUAUCUGAGCCGAAUCAGACGCGACACCUCAGGUAGCAAUCACGUAAUGAAUGGCAUAAAUAACAACCAUCUCAUCGCUUACAAGAAAUGGUACGCCUCCAUGCAUGGGUCUAAUAAAGUGUACGCCAACAAGAAACAAUGGAGAACCAGCACCACCAAACUUGUCUAUGGAUGGGUAGUGGAAAUGUCUGAAUGCAGCUCACCAUGUGGUGGAGGUUUUAAAAAUAUUACUGUCUUAUGCCAAACUGGAAGUACUGUAGUCGAUGAUGGUUUCUGCGCCAACAUAAAUAAACCAGGAGAAACAGGAAUUUGGCCCUGCAACUCUCAGCCAUGUACAGCAAAGUGGCAGAUAGGAUCUUGGGAGCCUUGUUCGGCAGUAUGUGGGACAGGAUUUCAAAAGAGAGACGUCGUCUGCGUCCAACAUAUAUCUCAGAAUAUUUUAUCGAUGGUGCAAAAUGAAGCUUGUCCUGGUCCACACCCGGAAAUGAUGAGACCCUGCUCCGGACUACCAUGUGAUGAUUACAACAACUUUCUUUGACGCAUGGAUCACCUAGCUGAAAAUUAGCAAAGAAAUUCGAAACUGGAUUAAACAUUUCAACUGAAUUGAAAACAAUCAGCUCAAUCUGUGAUAUAUUUGUGAAGGAAGUGUGCUUUACGAACGCGUGAAUGAUUGGAAAGAAAGAAAAAUAACUUUACAGCAAAUACUUUACGGAAGUAUUUAAUCAGGAUUAAAAUAUGAAGGCGAAUUAUAGAUGUUUGAAAAUAAAAAAAUGUCUUUUUGACUCAUUGUUUGCAGUUGUUUGUGUAUGUUGUAUGCUUUAUUUGAAACGUGAAGUUAAAAAAUUGCACUUUUAUUAGUUAGUUCUUUCGUUAUUUAUUACCAUUGCACUUUUGUAGUUUUACAAGAAACGUUGUUUAGAAAUGAGUAAAAUUCCUUGAUGAGAAUUGAAUUUACGCAAUAUAACUUAUUGUAUCGGAAUUUUCAUCAUUUCGCUGGGAAAAAAUUGCAUAUGACAUACACAUUCAGUCAGUAUCAAAUAUUUUUGGA